GACGGUGGUCACUAUGCAAACUGUCCUGGUUAUUGUGAAGUAACUGAAAGAUGGGCUUAAAUCGCACCAAGCUUGCCUCCAAGUCGUUCUGCGCACCCACUCAGUCUUCCGGGUUACCUUCAUGCUAGCCUAACGGAAGGUCACUGUUCGGGCUUCUUGGUUGCCCAGGACGGGACGAAUAACUGUGCAAGCUAAGGGAAAAGAAGCCUCAUGAUGGAUGCCGUUUCUGCUGUCUAGCAAAGCGCGAGGCCGCCUUCCUCGUAUUUCUGAUGGUCAUUGCUUUGAGUGUAAGACAUGCUCCGACGUUGGCAGGCGUGGCUCUUGACCUGCAUUGAACGUGGAAACAGAACCGGGCAAAGGCCGUCUGUAUUUGAGUCCUUGACCAACUCGCUGUCUCUUAGGUUUUUUUCUGUCACCAAUUCAUGAUCUUGUUUUGAUGCUGGACGCCGCUUUGUUUCUGUGGCCGCUACAGGGUCUUCGAUGGAUGCCCCGUUCCUUUUGCUGUUCUACUCUGGGACGAAAUUUUAACUUGGAAUGCUUUUAGGACAGCUAUAUGUAGCAAGAAGGAAAUGGCCCCGCGCCUUGCAGAUAAAAUGACUGGACAAGAGUUCGCAGACAAAUCUACCCAAACUGAGCUAUCGCCUCAAAGCAAAGAUACCGCCGCUUUUGACAAAUCAACCCAGACUCCCUGUGAAAUUGGAAACCAUGAACGGUCCCAUGUCUGGCAUGACCACCGGAUGGUUUCGGUGUCGGCCGACUAUGCACUCAAGUUCUCGCCCUUUUCAAAGACACCUUUAAUAGGCGUGGACCAUCUCGACAAAAGCACGGUCAUACUGGUCCUUGCGGAAAACGCUGUGAUUCUCGCAAAUAUCCCAGAGAACCCACACGCCCGUCGCCUACACGACGUGAUAGACGAGAUGCGAUACCUGUAUGACAGGCAUAUGUCAUACUUUAAUUCACCAAAGACCACGGCGUGGCUCAUCGGCCCCGCGUAUGAAGGUCGCCCCGACUGGCACCGAGACCUCAAAAUGGCGGUUUUGCGAAGGGAGAUGGGCCUCUGCCCGAAGAGGAAAUUUUACGAAUUUGUGGAGUUCCAUGAUUGGAUCCGGACGAGGGAACCUGUACUCUUAGUUGAUGCGAUGUCGGAGGAGACAGUUGUGGUGAAGAUUAAUGGAGUCGACGUCACUCAGGAAUGGAAGCAUGAAUGGUCAGAGAAGAAAGAAUCAAUGAAGGAAGAGUUGGAGCGGCGCUCGAGCGGGUACGUGACUGAGGAGGAAUAGAGCAUAAAAAAAUUAAAAGACUCCACGAGGCAUCGCUGUCUGGAGCAGAGCCAGGGCCCUGAUGCGUCUUGAUAACAUAGUAAAAUGACCGGAACUACUGUGGUGAUUCGAUCAGUCUGCACUGUAAUAUUCCGUCUCCUGGAGGACUGAAUGAUGAAAAAGUCACUCCCUCUUAAAGAGAGCCUUGGAAUAUUGGUAAAAAUGCCCUUUUUCG